AUGGAAUCCAAGGAAAGACCAUAUAGGUCAAGGAAGUUUAGACCAUGUGAUUCUUGUAGAAAACGGAAAUCAUGUUGUAUAAUUGUUGGUGGGCCACCAUGCAAAACUUGUCAAAUAAGGUGUAAUCCUUGUACGUUUACUGAAUCAGCCUUAAGGCAUAAAUCUAGAGCAAAGACAAAUACUGAUAAAGCUGGUGAGAAUAGCAAUGGUACCAAAGUUAAUAAAUUAACUAUACAGUCUCCUGAUAAUGACAAGAAAGGAAGAAAGUUAGCGGCCGAGCUCUUGGUUGGUAGCAAGGCGAAUACUAUUUCUUCAAAAAUAUCACUUCCGUUGGAACAUGGGAUUAAUUUUAACCUUUCGACAUCUACACAUUUAUGGGACUACUUAUUUUCUGACCUUGAACAAGGUUCAAUUAAAAGCACUAUUCCUGCUGCUAAUGAAUCCGAUUUUUCUUGCAGGGACUUUAAGGCUAAAGUAUCCUCUUUCGAUUUCGAAGAUUUAACGGAAAAAGAGAUAAGACUUUAUAACAAAGGGACAUUAGAAGGAAAUGAAUCCAUUCGGUCUCAAUAUAUUUUUGAAAAUUCUUGCUUUGACCCAUAUGUUUAUUCUAUUUUCGACCAUGACUCCGAAGGAGAGUUUGUGAACCUAAACAUGCGUACUAGACAGAUGGAUCAAAGCUCAAACCUUGGUCACUUCAUGAUCAUUAAAGAAUAUACCGGUGCAUCACUGAAUACGUUAAAAUAUAAAGAAGAGGUAUUUUCAUUAGUGGGCGACUCUGGUCCUAGGAUGUUGCUUCUAUUUUUCAAAUAUGUAAAUCCCUUCUUACCAGUUUUUUCCAGAAGUCGUUUUUAUAGAACACUUCAAAAUUUUAAGAUGUUUCACACAAGCCUUCUUUCAAGUAUGUUGAAUUCAGCGGUUGACUUGUGGAGUUUUGAUGUUAUUUUGAAUAAUCGCCAUCCACCUAAUAGAGAGAAACUUUUUGCAAUAGCCUGUAAUUCCAUUGUUGAAGAGCUCCAUGAACCAAACUAUGCGUGCCUUCAAGGAGCUAUACUUCUUUCUCAGAAGAUUUCCCUCAAUGUUUCAGACUUGAAUCAUUCUUUUAAUUGGGGAAUGAUUGGUUUGGCUUAUUCUGUGGCACAAAGUUUGGGUAUCAAUGUUAAUUGCCUUGAUUGGAAUUUGCCGAGAUGGGAAAUAAGGCUUAGAAGAAGAUUGUGGUGGUCUUUAUAUAUUCAAGACGUGUGGUUUGCAGUUUCUUAUGGCCGGCGUCCCCACUUUAGGAAAGAUGAUUGGGAUGUUCCAAUAGUCAGAGCUUCAGAUUUUGUCUCAUACUCCGCAAAUGAAGUUGAUGAAGAAAGUCAUGAUCGUAGUGUACGGGCAUUUUGCUUGUUGGCUAAUCUCUCUGUUAUUAUUAACGACAUAGCCGAGGACUGUUUUGGCUUAAGAAAUUCGAGAUCUGAUACUGUGGACUGUCAGCGGAAGGUCCAAACCUUCUUGAAGAAAAUCGAAAACUUAGAACUGCUUUAUAUUGACAUCUUGGAAAUCGAUCAAAAGCAAUUCUCGUGGCAAACAACGGGAACAGCUUCGAUAGCGAUUGCUUUUUUAACAUCAAAGGUAAUUCUCUUAAAAUUGCUAUUACAUGACAAACAUCAUGAUGUUCUAAAUAAAGAACAUGAUCUUAAUUUUUACUUUGAGAAUGGUAUUGAUAAAAGUGUAACAAGCAGGGCCAUCAAUUUAGCAUCAGAUAUUGUGACUUUCAUAGAGAAGCUUCGGCCAGUUCAUUUGGCAUGUUUCUGGUACUCCUGGUCGCGACUAAAUUUUGCUACAAUCUCAAAUUUUUUUCUUUUAUUGUACAGUGCAGUAAAAGAUGAAGAACUAGACACAAUAAAGCAUCUUCUAGACUCCUAUAGGUGGAUUUUAAGGCAUAGAGCACCAGUAGUUGAUAUAAUGGCAUUGGGAUUAUCAGUUUUAGACUCAGCUUAUUCUAUGGGGCUACAUCAUCUCCGCAAGAGCAAAUAA